AUGGACACAAAAAUUACUGCUGAGAAAAAAAUUAAAUUAGCCGAAAAGAUUUUAAGUCAUUUGUCAAAUAUUAAAAUAAAUGGAUGUUCAAAAUUACAAAACAAAAUCAAGCAAGAAAUAAACUUUUUAGAAAAGUGCUUGUCUGAUAAUACUUUAAAAGAAGAGCAUUUGGUAUGUUUAAAUUUGACUCACUUACAAGCUAUUGCCUAUAAACUUUUCAUUCUUAAAAAUAGAUGCUCCGGUGUAAUGUGCAAUAAAAUAUUAAACUACGAAAAUGGAUCUUCAAGAAAGAUAUGUAUUGAUUUGUUAUUGGACGAAGGUUCAGUUUGGAUGAAAGUUAUUGCUAGAAAUCAAAAAGCUAUUACAAUGGUUUCAAAUGGUGAAUGUUCUUUUAAACAAAAAAGUGUAUUAGAUCAAGCUGAAGAAUUUGUUGAAUGCAGCAAACAAAAUCUGUGUUAUUAUAAACCGCCAAAAGUUAUAUUUUCUUUUGCUAAUGGUGUGGAAAACUGUGUAGCUGAUGAAUUAUGUCAAAUUGGAGUUUUAGUCGAAAAUAAUAAUAAUAAUUUUAAUGAUGAAAUUUUUAAUAGUUAUUUUGGCGAUAAUACAAACAAUGAAUACCCAAUUAAAGACUUGAACAUAGUUAGAAAUUUAAAUUUAAUAAAAAAAAUGACACACAUAAAAUUAAAUUUGGGUGUGACAACAUUAAUUGCUUACGUAUCUGCUCUUACUAAUGGAGGUUGUAAUUACAAUUUUAAAUCGGAAAUAUUGCAAAAGCAUGCAGAAUGGGAAAGAAACAGACCUGUGAAACCUAUAUUAGAUAGUUUAUUCGAAGGAAAAGAAUUGUACUGUUGUGCGACUGCAGCAAAAAUAUUUAAAAACAUAUUAAAUACAUUGGGUGGAAAAUCUGAAAAACAAAGGGGAGAAGAACUGUUAAAUAAAUUAAUUAUUGUUGAAGACAAACCAUGUGAUAGGCUGAAAAUAAUGGGGAAAGUUAAGAAAAGAUCUUUGGCUAUUUUCGGAACUGGGGAAUACUUAAAAGCUGUUACAGUCACGGCUAAUCAUGCUUUCGUAAGAGCUGCUAUGAAUCAAGGAAUAAAUUAUUCAGUUUUUUUACACGAAUCCAGAGCUCUCACAGAGGAAAAACAAUUACCUACAUAA